UAGAACAAGGAAAGCAGGCGUUGUCAUGUUUGUAAAACAGAUGAGCAUAUACAAAUAGAGAAAUAUACUUUUACACAUAUUUCAAUCAAGGAAAAACUCGUUUUGUGUGUUAACUGUUUUAGAUAGAAUUGAAGUUUUGACAUAAAUGUAUAAUGCUAUAAUAUAAUAUACUUCUACAUUGUUGCAAAACGUUAAAUACAUAUGCAAUCCAUCGCUAAAUGUACCCAGUACCGCUAUGUCUAUAGAAUAUUUGCAUUCCUCAUUUUUAUCGUGUUACGUGUGUUAAGAAUAUGGUUUGCCUCCAGUUUUGGAAGAAUAAUAGCUUCUACGCGUGCAUAAGUUGCUACUGCUGUGUCUCGUUGCGGGGCACGGGGUUCACACAUGUUUCAGAUUCAGUCGACAAAUAAGUCACCUAUUGAUUACGGAGGCAAUGUCUCGGCGUGUCGUCUGUGUAUCUGUGAUUUCUAUAAUGUACAGACAAUAAUGCUGUGUAUGACCACUGCUUUGUGUCUAAUCAAUGUGAAACGGUUGCUAUAAAUUGGAACUAUGCAGUGAACUGGACACUUCGUUGUAAGCAAGGACAUCGAUUUUUCCUUGGUACAUUGUAUGCAGAAUUUAUGUAAUAGCUGUGAAUGGAAAAUUUCUAAAGCAGAGAGACUUUUCUGGCUUUGUCAUGGAAAAAGACAUCAUUGAUCUAAAUCUAAAUGGGCGAGUGUUCAGACUAAAGCGAUCUACAUUCCUGCGAUUACCUAACACUUCUCUGGAACACGGGGAAGAUAUUCAUGGAGAGGUAUACAUGGAGCGACAUGCGGACAGUUUUGAUGCCAUUCUUUGGUACUAUACUAACGGAGAACUUCAUAUGCCCAAUUCCAUUUGUCCGGCCGUGUUUAAGAAGGAACUGGAAUUCUGGUCAGUAGAACCUAAUAAACUUUCUCAGUGUUGUUAUAUCAAAUACCUUUCCUUUUUUGAAGACCAGAAACUGCUAAAGACAUUUCAGGAGGACGAGAAGAAAUCCACAGGGAUGGGAAAAUCCGUCAAAACUGGGAGGAGUAAGCUGGGAAAAUGUCCGAGUAAAGUGUGGAGGAUACUAGACGAACCAUCCUCGUCUGUAGCAGCAAAGAUAUAUGUGGCCAUGUCAGCGUUUGUCAUCUUAAUGUCCAUUUUCGUUCUGUGUGUUAGUACCCACCCUGCAUUCCAGAGGGAACUGAAAGAUGACGAACUAGAGGCUUUCUACAGCUCAGAACCAGAAAAACUGCAGCUGUUCAAAGGUUUAAGAAACACCAAUCUCAAAACCUCCAACAGCAAUGAGAACAAAGUGUUACCGGUUCCUCAAGUUAAAGUCGUUCAUCACAACGAUACAGUUGCGAGUGAUCCUGAAAAUAGUACAGCGGGUUUGCUGCCCCCAAACACAGUGGCUAGAUUUAGAUACUUAGAUUAUUUGGAUUAUGCCAUGGUGACAUUCUUUGGAAUAGAACUUGUUAUUAGAAUUACAUUCAGUCCAAAAAAAUCUAAAUUCUUUUCAUCUCUACUUAACAUCAUUGACGUCAUAGCGCUUUCGUCUGAAGUUUCAACUAUGAUAGUGGAAUACAUAUUCCCCAAAGAAAAGUACACCAAAUUUUCAGCGUUAGACAUUGUAGAAUGCAUUCAGAUUGCUCGGGUCUUUCGUCUUUUCCGUUUAGUGAAAAAUUUUAUUGGUUUUCGUAUUUUAGUGUACUCAGUGCGAGCUAGCCUGAAAAAUAUGUUGCUCAUGAUUUUCAACUUAUUGGUAGCUGCUCUGAUAUUUUCCUCUAUCGUGUUUUAUUCGGACAGGGCUUCGUUUCAAUCCAUACCAGAUGCAAUAUGGUGGUCUAUUGUUACUAUGACUACAGUUGGUUAUGGUGAUUCUUACCCAAAGAACAUACCAGGAAGAUUUCUUGGAUGUUUGUGUGCCAUUUCGGGCAUAUUUGUGAUUGCUGUAUCGAUUCCCGUUCUAGUAAAUAAUUAUGUUCUUUUCACAGGAUUUGCCAAUUUGCCAAUAAAUAGAAACUCAGAGGGUCUUUCUUCAUUGCUCAGGUACGAGUUUGAUUCAAGGAAAGAGAAAAAACGUUCACAGGAAACAGAACCUAUGACGUCAGUUCAGAACAUGCGGUAGAGCAGGCGAUCUCCUCAUUAUGUUCAUCACCUAAUGUUACUAAGAUUUUCACCAAUAACUUAACUUGUAUAAUCAUGCAUAAUACUAUGGAUGAUAAAAUGUUUAUUGUAAACGCUUGGUUUUAGCUGUUUGUGGGAUGUUAUAAGAAAUGUAUAUUGUAAAAAUAUUUUAUAAAUAUUUGUAGAGGAAAUAAA